GCUAAAUGUACCCGCCAAUAGCGCUCGUCUUGUGCAGUUACAUGAAUGUGGUUUAUACGAGUUGCUGCACUUAAAAUAACAAAAACUUCCUACUCGGUAGCAAAUACAAAAGGUUUGCGUCGAUCAACGAGGUUGGGUUUUCUGUCUAGCUGGUGUCGUUUUGGCUCUGUGAAUAUUUCUGCUGCAGAAUUUAUGUCAACUGAACCGAAGAGAAUCCGCACCGAAAACAUGACGAUUAAGAAGAUCGGAACUCACAAUGGAUCCUUCCACUGCGACGAAGUAUUGGCCUGCUUCUUUCUUCGCCAAUUACCGGAGUACGCGGAUGCUGAAAUAGUUCGGACUAGAGAUGCAGCGCUAUUGGCAGAAUGUGACAUCGUUGUUGACGUGGGAGGAGAAUUCGACUCCAAAAGGCAUCGCUAUGACCAUCAUCAGAGGACUUUCAAAGACAGCUUCCAGAGUCUGUGUCCAGAGAGGCCGUGGGUGACCAAGCUUAGCUCUGCCGGUCUGGUCUAUCUGCACUUCGGCCGUCGCCUGCUGGCUCAGCUGACGCAGAUGAACGAGAGCGACAGGCAGCUGGAGAUGCUCUAUGACAAGCUGUAUGAGAACUUUGUGGAGGAGGUGGAUGCUAUAGACAACGGCAUCUCACAGUACGACGGGGAGGCUCGUUACGCUGUCUCCUCCACGCUGAGUGCACGUGUUGCACAUCUGAAUCCUCGCUGGAACAGCAAGAGUCAAGAUACUGAGGAGGGUUUCAGAAAAGCCAUGAAGAUGGUUGGUGAUGAGUUCCUGGACCGCCUGGAUUACUACAAGUCCUCCUGGCUGCCAGCUCGAGCAGUUGUUGAACAGGCAAUCAAAGAACGACAUCAGGUUGAUCCCAGCGGGGAGGUGCUACUGUUUUCUGAGGGUGGCUGUCCCUGGAAGGAACAUUUGUUUACACUAGAGAAAGAGCUCAACGUGGAGACUCCCAUCAAGUUUGUCCUUUACCCAGACCAGAACGGGCAGUGGCGGGUGCAGUGUGUCCCUGCAGGGCUCAACACUUUCCAGAACAGGCUGUCCCUUCCGGAGGAAUGGCGUGGUGUGCGAGAUCAAGCACUGUCGGAGCUCAGUGGGAUUAAGGACUGCAUCUUUGUCCAUGCUGGAGGAUUCAUUGGCGGCAACAAGACCCAGGAAGGAGCCCUAGAGAUGGCCCGGAGGACCCUGCAGGCUGCUGCCCAGUCUCCAGCAAACGGAAGCAGCUGAACAUUCAGGAAAACUUUUUACCAAAUGGUUUAGUUUAUGAUGGUUUGUUAAAUCCUGUUCUGUGUACCUUUUUAGUUUUCGUAUAAGGUUGUGUACCACUUUGACUUCUAUUUUGGUAUU